GAAAGAAAAACAAAGGCACAGUUCUUGCUCGACCAAAAAAACUAAGCAAUUCCUAACUACCAGGACUCCCAUGUUUCAACGAACGUUACUCAGAAUUCAGAUAAGGGGUGUUUUACCAAAAACAAAUCACCAUAAUUAUGCUUUUAAUAAAUAUGGAAAUUUAUAAAAUUAGUACAAAUUAAUAAAGACAAAUGCUACUUCACAAUCACAUUAUUUCUUCACUUGCCAGACCCAUUAGGCUCUCUCUCCAUUUCUGCCAUUUCAGGUCGAAAAGUAGAUCAUAUUGUGUGGUGAGCGAAAUGGGUCGCCAAGUUCUGCAGUCUAAAACUAAAAAGCUUGCUAAUUUUCGAUUAUGCAAUGUGUCAAGUUACGAUACUGAAAUAUUGGAGAUUAUUGCUGAGAAGCCAGUAUUUCAUGCUCUAGUGAUCCCUGGAAAUCCAGGUGCUGUUCUAUUUUAUAAAGAAUUUGUUGAAUCACUUUAUGAGUGGCUUGGAGGAAGUGUGUCCGUGACAGCUGUUGGGCAUAUAUCUCAUACCAAAAAGGAUUCGGAACGUGGAAGGUUGUUCUCAUUGCAAGAACAAAUUGAUCAUAAGAUAGACUUCAUCAAACAUGAGUUACAAAAUAAACAAGUUCCUAUAAUACUGGUUGGGCACUCAAUCGGUGCAUACAUGUGUAUUGAAAUGUUUAAAAGAAAUCAAGAGCAGGUGUUAUACUGCAUCGGACUGUAUCCAUUUUUGGCUUUAGAUCUACAAUCCCAGAAACAGUCUAUCAUCGGCAAGAUUGCUGUGUCCCCCGUUGUAAGUGUGGUCCUCAGUUCCAUUGUAGCUUCAUUAGGAUUCUUACCAAGCUGGGCUUUAAGGUUAAUUGUUAGUAAAUCUGUUGGGAAAUCAUGGUCUAGUACUGCAGUUGAGGUUACUUGCUCUCACUUGACAAAGUUCCAUACAAUGCGGAAUGUUCUCUUUAUGGCAAUGACCGAAUUCAAGAAGCUUUCAGAAACUCCAGAUUGGACAUUUAUGAGAGAGAAACACCAUAGAAUUGCGUUUUUGUUUGGCAUUGACGAUCACUGGGGACCACUGCAAAUGUAUGAAGAGAUCUCCAGGCAGGUCCCAGAUAUUUCUCUAUCACUUGAAAGAGAGGGCCACACUCAUGCUUUCUCUUGCACUGAGGUUGGCUCAACUUGGGUUGCUCAGCAUGUGGCCAAUUUAAUCAAAAACCAAAUUUCAAGCUCAACUCACUAAGACAGUUCAACACACUAGUCACUAUUUUAGAUAUGACACUAAUUAUGGUGUCAAAUUAGUAAAAAAUUCAGUGUUUUUAUUUUAUUUUUAUUUGGUGUACCUUGUUGAGUUAGUAUAAUUACCAUAAUUAAGAUGAUGGUAUGCUAUAAACAUUGUAUUUGUUAUUGUUAGAUAUAUGAAACUUCUGGUGAAAAAAUAAAGAAAAAGAAGACAAGUUUGGAAAAA